GGAACACGCACCUAUUUUUAAUGUAACUAUUUAGAUACAUGGGCUUAAAAUCACAAGUAACAUUUGACAUGAUAGGAGAGUUAUUUCUUCAAGGUGCGGACUUGUGAAAACGUGUAGUGUGUUGCCUUGGAUCAGCAGUCUAGUAGAUACUGGGAUUAAAUUAGCGUUGUGUGGAUUUCUUAGGAGAAACCCAGGUAAAUGAGGUUCUAACUCGAUCAAGUACUCACCAAAUCCAGACUCGAUCAAGUACUCACCAAAUCCAGACUCGAUCAAGUACUCACCGAAUCCAGACCAAGCACGAUGCCGAUGAAGCCGUUGAGCAGCUGGGAGAAAGUCUUCAGGUCAGCAGACGUCAAUGGUGACGGUACGCUGGACUUUGGCGAGCUGAGACUUAUGCUGAGGAGGGAGAAGAGCAAUCUCACGGAUUCUCAAAUUAUGCAAGUUUUCAAGUUUUUUGAUGGGCCCAAUGGUGACAGGAAAAUUACCCUGACGGAAUUUAUCUCCGGGAUGAGAAAGAUCGAACAAUUUGUCGAGAGCCUGAAGGCGCUGUUCAACAAGUUCGACACGGACCGCAGCGGCUAUCUGGAGCGUGACGAGAUGCGCCGACUGCUCAACUCCUGCGGCCAGAGGUACUCCACCAGCGACGUGGAUCACGUGAUACGGCUGGCAGACGCCAACGGGGACGGCAAGAUCAGCCUGGAGGAGCUCAUCUACGCCUGCACGUAGUGGUUGCUUCUGCUGGUGUCCUGUGUCUUUAGACCGGCUUAGACGUACACAACCACUGACACGUGCUGCGUACACUAUGAGAGGUUCUAUGUCAGAUUAUGAGUUGAUCAGGGACAAAGUUUCGUGCCAUUACUUUAAUGGGUGCUUAUGUAUUUGUUAUAGAAAAUUGUUAUCUGAAUGUUUUGUGAAAUUGUUUGAGUUUAUGAAUGUACAGAGGAUUAACCGUUCGUACCAAUGUUUUAUAGAUUUCAUAUGGAAUGUGAAUAAGUAUUAUAGCAGUUUCCCUGAGAAACGAUUUAUAUGGGGAUAGUUUUGUCCAUAUUUUUUUUUUCAAAAUUUGAGUCCAAUGUCACCACUUGGCAGCAUUGGUAGACUUGAUCUAAAUGUAUUGUGUGACCCCAUGACCCCAUGACCCCAUGACACACUGGGCAGCUGUUUAUCUACUCACUUCCUGUUUGACGUUCAGUUUUAGCGUUGUUGUUGUUUUUAAGUACGCUUAUUCUUGUUACAUAUCGUUGCCAAAACUUACUUCACAAAAUACAACAAUCAAAACUCAUGCAAGAAGAUGUUUUAAUUAGAUCACCAUCUCCCUCCCAUCACCUGCCUUUUUAGUCCCAUAACCUAUCUUUCCUCCCCUCCCAUAACCCAUCUUUCCUCCUCACAGAUAACUCAUCUUUUCUCCCUUCUCCACUCCCAUAACCUAUCUUCCCUUCCCUCCCAUAAACCAUCUUUCCUUCCCUCUCAUAACCCAUGUUUCCCUCCCCAAUGUACUUAUCUU